AUAUAUAAGAGAGUUACUUCAAAGUAUACACAUCAAAAUUUUGGGUUUUGGUGAAUUUUUUUUGUUCACCAAUUCCCACAUUGUUUAGAGUUUUGGGUUUUGGUGAUUUUUUUUUGUUUCCUUUCCAAUGGCUUCUUGGCAUUCGGUUCCAAUUCACGUGGCUUAUGAAGUUUUGGGUUGGUCUGCAUUCUUUUCUUGGUCUAUUAGUUUCUACCCACAAGUUAUCUUGAACUAUCGUAGGAAAAGUGUUGUGGGGUUGAACAUUGAUUAUGCGGUGCUAGACAUGGUGAAGGAAAUUUUAUACAUGAUAUACAGUGCCUCUCUAUACUACAGCCCCGCUGUUCAAAAGCAAUAUGGAAAUAAAUAUGGUCAAACACAGAUGAAUCCUGUGGCAUUAAAUGAUAUUGCAUUCGCAGCCCAUGCUGUACUGCUUUCUUCAUUUCUUGUGUACCAGAUUUCAAUUUAUGAUCGUGGAAAUCAAAAACUCUCUAAGAUGGCUAUAGGACUCACAACUAUUGUGUUCUUAACAUCAACAGUUUGUGUCUGCAUAUCUUUGUCUCAUCAUCACUGGCUUUGGUUAAUCUCCAUCUUCAAUGUCAUCCAAGUUGCUUUGACAAUUAUAAAGUACAUUCCCCAGGCAGCAAUGAACUUCAUGAGAAAAAGUACUGAAGGAUGGAGUAUUGGAUUGGUUUUGCUGGAUUUUUUUGGAGGAGUAACAAACUUUUUGCAAAUGAUUAUGCAAUCGGUUGAUCAAGGCUCUUGGAAGAACUUCUAUGGGAAUAUAGGAAAACUUUUGGUAGCAGUGGUGUCUAUAUUAUUUGACAUAAUUUUCAUAUGCCAACAUUAUUGCUUAUAUCCUCCCAAAGAUAACAUGUCAAAAGAUCAACAAUUAUCAGAGAAUGCUAUGAAUGAAGUUUAACCAUAAUGUUCACUAUGAUUUGUUAGCUUCACUAUAAUGUUCGCCACUUGUAAAUAUAAUUAGUUUUUGUAGCUGCAUUAGUAUUUUUUCAAUUCAAAAGGAUUGA